CUUCUUCUGCUGAUCAAUUGAAAAUUAGAAAGAACAAAAAAAAAUGAGAACUUGGGAGAAAAUUGGAGUAAGACAAUACAAUAAAUCAGAGCUUCCAAGGUUGAGAUGGACACCUGAACUCCAUGAACAAUUUGUUGAAGCUGUUGAAAGCCUUGGUGGAAAACACAAGGCAACUCCAAAGCAAAUUUUGCAGCAGAUGCCAGUGAAAGGAUUAAGAAUUGCUCACAUCAAAAGCCAUCUUCAGAUGUACAGAAAUCUGAAGGGACAUGCUUCCCUCUCAGUGGAUCACUUGAUGGAAGAAUAUCAACAUGUUGAGGAUCUCAAAAUCACCUCCAUUCCUUCACCAAAAAGAUCAUCGAUAGUGACCAACUUAAAAAAUUCAAAUUAUGAAAGGAGAAUUUUGAAGGAAGACCUUCAUCUAUCAAAUGGCGUUUCACAAAUCAGCGAAGAAACUGAUUAUGAUCUAAACCAGGAAGCUGAAUCAAGUGGAGGCUUAUUAACUUGUGAUGAUGAAUUAAACGAAGAAGAAAACAAUAAUAAUAGUAACAGUAAUAGUAGUAGAGUAAUUCAUCAAUUUAUUCCUGCUGUCUCAUUCUCUUUUAACACUAGUACUGUGCCUCUAAAACAAGACAUAAUGCAUUUUUCGACAACUAUGACAACCACGACAACAGCAACAAGUGCAGUUGAUUCUGUUGAUUCUAGUAUCUUUGUACCAUCAUCUACCCCAAACAAUAAUUAUAUAAAUUUAGACCUAAGAAUAUGAUGAUGAAUUUGUAUUAUAUUUAAAUACUUUUUAAUUAGCAUUCAACUUUUUAGGCAA